GACAUCACACCAGAGGGAUUGUUGGCCAAGUGCAUGACAUCUGCUGGCAAGGCUGCCGCCCAGUGGAUGCGCCUUCUGGCCGUGAACGGAAUGAGGGGAGGUAGCCAGGACCUGGUGAGGAAAGUGGAAGAGAUCUACUGCCUCGACGGCAUGCUGGAGUUGACUUUCGAGCAGCCUCGGCGAUUUUCUCUCGACCUCUCCAAGCAUCGAAACAAGGAUCUUGGAAUGGAGCUUAGAGCGCACCGCACCUCGGUCGGAAUCAGCACCAUAACUGGCGGCGGCAUCGUCGCGGACUACAAUGCCAGCGUACCGGAGGACCGGCGCAUUGGCCUGAGCUCUCGGGUCAUAGCCGUGGAUGGCUCCAACGCCGGCGGUGGCGAGCAGAUGCUACAGACCAUCAUGUCUGACCAGGUCGUCGCUGACUAUCCCACAAGGUCUGGGGCCUCCGGCGCGUCCCGGGCCUCUUUGGGGGGCGCGAAGAGCAUCGGCCUGAUGGGCAGCCUCGCAGUUCUGCUGAACAACAUCUUGGGGCCCGGGAUCGCCAACUUCUCCAGCCUUUACCAGCAGAGCGGCUGGUUGCCCCCGACUUUCCUGGUGCUGGUCUGCGUUGCUUCCAGCAUCUUCAGCGGGGCCAUGCUGCUGGCAGCAAUGCGUGCGUACCCAAACAACCAGGAUUUCGAUGUUCGAGUUGAGUAUGGUACGCUCUGCCGGCACUACUUCAACUCGAGAGUGGCCCAGAUCUUCCAAGGCCUCUUUCAGCUUGCGAUGCUCACGGCCAACAUCAGUAACAUCAUCCAGACAGCGCAGGUCUUCGACUAUUUCUUCGACACUGUCUUCGGUGACUCAUGUGCCCUCAUGUUCUACCCGAGCGUCUUCCAUCCAUUCUGCCAGAGUUCCAGCCAGGAUGUAACCCCCUUCGGUGCUGGGAAGGUGGUCCUCUCUCUUGGGAUGUGCAGUGUCGGACUCGUCAGCAUCCCUUUGGGCUAUUGGAACCUGGAGGAUAACGUGAAGGUGCAAAAUGCAGCGCUCUUCGUCAUCCUUCUGUCGAUCUUACUCUGGAUGUUCAUCUUCUGUGCUCUUGGCCUCGAAGCUGAACGGGUGCCAGCAGUGGGGACCUCCCUUCACAACAUGGGGGGCACUAUCCUCUUUAACUUCAUGUUUAUCUCUACAGUACCAUCCUGGGUCUGCGAGAAGAAGCCGGGAGUGCCACCGUUAAGAACGAUCCUGCUAACCCUGGCCCUGGCAGUGGUGGGAUACCUCAUGGUUGGCAUCCUGGGCGGCAUGGCCUUCGAGCCCUACUUCAAGACAGACAACACCCUGCUUUCUCAGCUGAACCACAUCUCCCCUCAGGAUGGAUCGCGAUUGGUUCGAUCCACAGCCUUUGUCACUGUACAGGCCUAUGCCAUCUCAGCGAAUUUGGCCUCGAUCCCCAUAUUCUCCAUCCUCAUGCGCUACAACUUGAUAGAAAGCAAGCUCAUGGGCCCCAAGGUGGCAGGUGCUGCUUCCGUGCUUGUUCCCUUUGGGGUGUCCGUCCUUCUCUACACUGGCGAAGGCUUUAAGAAUGCCGUGGAUUUCUCCGGCACCUUCACGUCCUCCUUCGUCAAUCUUAUGGCGCCCAGCCUCUUCUUCCUCUCGGCGCUGAGGCAGCCCGAGCAGACCGCAACGCUGAUGAGCGCUCGCGAGUGCUCUCGCCCUCUCGCGGAAGGAAAGCCCUUCUGGAAGACGUCGGCGUGGGAAAGCCUCCAAUGCCAAGCUGCGAAGCCUCGGCGCCUGUGGCAGAUCAUCGCUUGGGUGAAUCUGUCAUUGAUGGCGGUGCUCACGCUUGUCUCCAUCGUGGCCUUCUCUUUGACGGUGCUGAACUGGUCCACUGAGCGUGGAGCUUGGAACAGCAGCAUGGUUGGGGUUUCGCUUCAGCUCGGAUCGGGCCUCGCCUAUGCCUUCAAGUUCACGGCGAUCAAGCUUCUUCUGGGCGGCCCAAGCGACGAGUUUGUGAAUUCGGCCCAGCAGCCUCCCUCGAAGGCACAGGUUGCCUUCGUUUGCAACCCAGUGACCGGAUUGGUUAGUUUGGCCAUCCUGCCAUUGGGCAAGGACUGGACGCUCCCCUCCAUGCCUCUGGCAGUAGCAGUUGCUGCCAGCGCGACUGGCAUAUUGGUGUUCCAGCUGCGUCUUACGCAGCUUACGUCUCCGUUGACAGUUUCCGUGCUUUCUGUCUUCCACGACGUUGCGAUCGUGCUCUUCUUCUUAAUUGCGGAUGGCGAGAGGUUUACCACGGCACAGCAAGCUGGGUAUGCAGAGUGUAGAUUAAGGCUUGGGACAUUCGACACGGACUUACUUGACAGGAUGCUCUCAGGCCAUGGCUUCAAAACACCCGUCCCCGUCCCUGUUGCCGCAAAGCCACUCCCACGACCUUUUAUCCAGUUCUGCAGACCCAAGUGGCCUGCUGGACCCAGGCGAGUUGUGAGCGAGAAGACAAUUUUCGACCGGCGCCAAGUGCUGCUCUCUGGGCUCUGUGGCCUCUCAGCUGCUCUGGGCUUGGGGCACCGCGCGCGUGCGGCCUCCGCAUCGCGGGGCGUCACCAGCAGCGAGGUGGUGCUCUGUGAGAAUGGGGAUCUGUCCGUGGAUUUUCCGAUUUGGAGCGGGGAUGGGACGCGCGAAGCCACGGAGGAGCUCCUGAAAGCAAGCGGAGGCAGUGCAGCUGCCGGCGCCGAGUCGGACUGGGCUGGUCUUUGGCGUGUCACCUAUGCUCCGCACCUCCGCACACUUGGCUCUCUGGCUCUCACCCAGCUGGACGUCUAUUAUGACAUUGCUCCCCCGACGGCGGAUACCUCCCCCAGAAUCAGGUCCUUUGCUCGCUUCGAGGGUCCUUUUGGCCGCGGUUGGCUGAACGCAGCUGGGACACUGGCGACUCUUUCUAGCGAUGAGGUGGAGGUCAACUUUUCCGACUUCUGGAUCGAUUUCAACUCGCCGCUUCCGCGACCCGAGCCCGAAGCAGGCGACCGAGUGGGCAGCGACCUCGCCAGGGUGUUCUUCCUGCGCGACCUGAGUCGCUUUCCUGUGAGGAGUCUGAAUCUUCAGACCGGCCUGACUGUCUUCCGCUUCCCUCCCCUGGGCGUGGAGAUUUCUGCCUGCCGAGUCUCCGCCGCAGGGGCGGUCUUGUACAGCUGUGCCAAGAUGCGCUAUUCGAACCUCGCCGAGGAGAGCAACUCCGACGAGAUCGAUUCCCAGGUGGAGCAAAGUUUCAGCAUGACGCCGCUGGCGGUGAGGCCUCUCGCUCUCAGCUUCCGAAGGUGCCGAGAGCCGUCUCGGGCCUUGGAAGCCACAGCGCAUGCUGCGACAUGGUCCCGCCGAAGGCCUGCCUUUCCCAGCCACUUUCAGUUCAUAUUGGUCUCUUUCUCGGCAUGUCUUUAG